CCUAGCAAAGGGUGCCCGGGGAUCCAAAACUGCAGGCCGCACUUAGCUUACCGUCAAAAAUAAACCAAAACAAUAACAGACAAAACUGAGAAGGGGGAGAUACACCGAUAGAGUCAGAAGACUUCGUUAUCAGGGGUAUCAAUAACCUUGAUGGGAGGAAGCACAUCAAAUAUCCCAUUGGUUUUAUUUUGAGGGUUUGUCAUCAAAUGUGAAGUCAUUUUUUGAGGAAAGACAUGGAUCAAGGAGGAGGGGUGUUGGAGCUUCACACUCAGGAGCUGAAGAUGCCCCAUGCUAUGAUCAUGCAAGACUUUGUCGCUGGCAUGGGGGGUCUUGCCCAUAUCGACGGGGAGCACAUUGUGGUGUCUGUGCCUGAGGGCAUGCUUCUUUCUGAUGUGAUGACAGAUGAGGGGAUCCUUCUGGAGCACGGCCUUGAGGUGGAAGGCCUAGAGACUCAGGUGGUUCACGGCUUGGAAACAGAGGUGGUGGAAGGACUAGAAACGGAAGUGGUGGAAAGCUUACAUGCAGAUGUAGAGGGCUUGGAAGCAGAAGUGGUUGAGGGACUACAGACACAGGUGGUCGAGCUAGAGGCUCAGGUCGUCGAGGGUCUGGAAGGCGAGGUGGAAGUGGAGGGUCUAGAAGCCCAGGUCGUGGAAGGUCUGGAAACUGAGGUAGACGUAGAAAGCCUGGAGGCUCACGUUGUUGGAGGGCUUGAGGAGGAGGUUGAGGUGGAGGGUUUGGAAGCUGAGGUUGUGGAGGGUCUGGAAGUAGAUGUUGAAAAUCUGCAGUCUCAAGGAGUAGAAGCCCACGAGAUGACCACUGAAGAUAUGGUGUCCUCUGAACACAGUGUGAUCAUGCCCGACAAUAUUCUUGGCACAGAGGUCGCGAUAGAGGAAGCUCUGGACCCCCAUCAUCACCACCACGUCCUCACUUCGGACCUCAUUCAGGACUCAAACCACCAUCAUGAUGACAUGCCAGACCAGGUCUUUGUAGCAGAACUGCUUUCUGAGCACCAAGGCAACACUCUGGACCAUCAGCUUGUGUCAGAGGGUUUGAUGGUGACAGAGGCCCACGCCGAGACCAUAAUCCAUGAACAGCUGCCAACAGAGGCUGUUCCCCUGCAAACAGAUGAGGACGAUGAUGCAAGAAGCAGCUCAGAGGAUUACCUCAUGAUCUCCUUGGAUGAGGUGGGAGAGAAGCUGGACAUCGGAGACACUCCUCUUGAGAUCAGCACUGAGGUAAUGGAAGACAAGGAAUGCAAAGAGGAGGAUGGCUCUGAGGUCAUUAAAGUCUACAUUUUCAAAGCUGAAGCAGAUGAUGAUCUAGGUGGAACUGAGGUGAUAACUGAGGAUGAUUACCAAAACGGCCAUCCUGACCUGGAAGCUGCGUCGUCAGGCAGACUCGGAGUUGGUCGUGACAAGAUGGUGUACAUGGCUGUCAAGAACCAUCCAAAAGAAGAAGAGGAUGAUGAGGAUGACAGUGAUGAGGAUGACGAUGAUGACAUCAGUAACACAAUCGAUCAGGUAAAGAAUGGAGCAUCAACACCAUUUUUACAAAUCCGGGAAGGGCUUGGUGCGAACCGUGCAAUCAAACCAAAACCUAAGAAAAAGAAGAAAGGAGACACACGGCAGUGUCAGACUGCUGUCAUCAUUGGACCAGAUGGAAUGCCUUUGACCGUCUACCCCUGUCACAUAUGUGGAAAGAAGUUCCGCUCACGGGGCUUCCUUAAAUGCCACAUGAAGAACCACCCGGACCACCUGCUUAAAAAGAAGUACCAGUGUACAGACUGUGACUUCACCACCAACAAGAAGGUCAGUUUCCACAAUCACUUGGAGAGUCACAAGCUGCUAAGCCACAACAGUGAGCGCUCUCCUGAGUACACAGAGUACACGCGGCGCUACCACGAGUCCAGCCCCCUGGGCUCUGACAAGCUCAUCGUCAAAGACCGGGAACCCAAACUGCAUCACUGCAAGUACUGCGAUUAUGAGACGGCUGAACAGGGUCUUCUCAACCGUCACCUGCUGGCUGUGCACAGUAAGAACUUUGCUCAUGUGUGCGUUGAGUGUGCCAAAGGCUUCCGCCAUCCAUCAGAGCUGAAGAAACACAUGCGGACCCACACAGGUGAGAAACCCUACCACUGCCCGCACUGUGAGUUCCGCUGUGCAGAUCAGUCCAAUCUUAAGACUCACAUAAAGAGCAAGCAUGGCGCAGAUUUGCCUUUCAAGUGCAGCCACUGUCCUCAGGCUUAUGCAGACGCACGGGAACUCCAGCGUCAUAUAGAGAUGGUGCAAGGCCACAAGACCCACCAGUGCCCACACUGUGAGCACAAGAGCACCAACUCCAGUGACCUGAAACGACACAUUAUCUCUGUACACACCAAGGACUUUCCCCAUCAGUGUGACGUGUGUGAGAAAGGUUUUCACAGGCCUUCAGAGUUGAAGAAACACGCUGAGACACACAAGGGCAACAAGGUGCAUCAGUGCCGGCAUUGUAACUUCAAUGCCCCCGACACCUUCACUUUGAGUCGCCACAUCUUGUCCUUGCAUACAAAGGACCUCCCUUUUAAGUGCAAGCGCUGUCGGCGAGGCUUUAGACAACCUGCUGAGCUGAAGAAGCACAUGAAGACACACAGUGGUAGAAAGGUUUAUCAGUGCCAGUAUUGUGAGUAUAACAGUACGGACGCUUCAGGCUUCAAACGCCAUGUCAUCUCCAUUCACACCAAGGACUAUCCCCACCGCUGCGACUACUGCACCAAGGGCUUUAGGAGGCCUUCGGAGAAGAGCCAGCACAUAGCCAGGCAUCACAAAGACAUGUUGAUGUAAUUUCAUCACGCACAUAAAUACACUCCUCUCUCCCAAAUCAAUCUGUGUCACACACCCACAGGGGAUUUUAGUGAAUUAACAAAGAAAUGGCGGAUUUAAGCUGUUGAUGAAAACACAUUAAAAAUGCCAUACUCUGUGUUGUAAAAGGCAUGAACCUUCUCCCUUCAGGGGUAAUGCAACAACACAUUUUAGACGGGAAGGAAAUCUUAAAAAAGAUUGUGUGUACACUGAGUGGGACAUCUGUAAAUUGUGUUUUGUUUUGUUGCAGAAAAUCACAUAUGAACAUAUAUUCAGGGUCUCAAAUGUCUAUAUUUUUAUACCCACUUAGCUGAAAUGCUGCAAGAUGAUGACUGUGUCCUGUAAAACAGUAAGCAUUGCUUUGUGAGCUUCAUGCCAGUUCUUCAGAUUAUGCGGAAUGAGUACAGGAGAAGUUUGCCUCCAAAGUACCAACUAGUCUUCAUUAUCAACCAGCUUUUACCCUGACAUUUGUGUUCAAUGCCAUCUGGUCUUUGAGGGGCAGUUAUGACUUCAUUAGCUGUUUGAGUGAUGAUGACACAUUAUGCACCUUAAAAAUAUCUAAAUAAAUUUAGCAUUUGGACUUCCAUCAUUUUGGAUUUUCCUCCCAAACUUGAACACUUGGAUUAUCAUUAUAUUAAUCAUGUAUAACAGGUUAUAUCCUCCUAAAUAUGUCUUAAAGUUUCAUCAGCAGGAGGAUCAAUGAAGUGGUUGGUAUAUUAGAAAAUAUCCAUUUAGUGUACAUGAGUACACAGAGAUCUGGCUCGAUAGUGAACAGGUGUAUUAUAUGAACUCGACAGAUGGUUGGCUUCUCGUUUGAUAACCCCUGAAGUUGUGAUACCUGACUGACUGCUGGUGUAAGUUGCUUGUGUGUGAUGUUAUCUAUGACACAGAUGUGAUCACUCAGCUAACCAUUUGAUUGCAAUCAUGCCAUACAUCUGUCAGUCUUUAUCCCUUAAGCACUGAUGAACACAGCUAAUGAGAAAAUAAGUGAUUUUUAACUCUCAAACAUACUGUAUCAAUACCAUUCUCCCAGAGAUUGUGUGUUUGAGUCAGUAGAAAGCACUUUAUUAACCUUUUUUUUGUAUUUUAAUUAAAUGUGUGACACACCCACACAAGUAUAUAUAUUAAAAAAACCCUAGAUGAUAAACAUUUACAAAGCUCUGUGAGGUGGUAAAGGUGAACAUUGUUUUGAGUGUUAUCGCUAGCAAAUGGGGGCGUUCCAUCACUGCAUCAGAACGGAAUUGUGAUUGAAAGUGGUGGGUGAAACCAUUUAUUGUUUUGUUCUAUGGAUAAGUGAUUGGGUUUUGUGUUUUGUUUGUGCUCACUAACAAGUUUCCCAGACCCUCGUCCUGCAGUCCCCGAAUAACCCGACCCAUUUUCCCCUUCAAGUCAGUGGUCAUCAUAUUGGCAUUAGUCUUUAAAGUAUGCACAUAUGCUGUCUCCAUUAAAUUAAUUGUGGUAUAUAUAUUAAAAAUCCCUGCAUUUCGUGUACCUUAGUCUAUAUUUUCUCUCAGUCUGAUUGUGGAUAAACUACUGGUGGGAAAGAACCAAAAUAAACAAUUAUCUUUUUACGCUUUUUGUCCAUUCUGUCCUAGAAAAUGGAAUCAGAUUUUCAUAAGACAUUUCAAAGAGCUGGUCAGAAACUUCUUCCCUGUGUAGACUGGUAUUUGCACUUUUAUAUACAGAAUUGUGUAGCAUUAAGUGUUUUAUUUAUUAGCAUUUUAAUACCAGUCCUUUUAAAUCGUACAGAGAAAUGUAGAAUGUUUAUAAAAUAUAAUUUCCUUGUUAAACCACUACUGUAUUCCAGUGUAACUGCUCAAACUGUUUAAUAUAAAUGUUUACAGCUACCUAAGA